GGCGCGGUUCUGGCGUAAGUUCGAUAGCUCGGCUCUCUCCAAAGCAGCAGGAGCAGCAGCGCUCGACCGAGGGUCUCCUGCGUGGCGAUGGCGGCCAAUCAACCGCCUCCUCCCAAGCCGUGGGAGAACCGGCGCCUAUCUGCUGAUGUAGGAAUCAGUCAAGUGACUAGACCUGGACAGCCCACGCUCACUCGUAUUCCGCCUCCUAUUCUGCCAAGGCCUUCACAACAGACCGGGAGCACUGCUCUGAAUACCUUCAGACCUGCAUACGGCAGCUCUUUUUCUUCAGGCUAUGGCACAUAUGGGAAUUCUUUUUAUGGAAGUUACAGCCCAUAUAAUUAUGGAUAUGGUGGCUUGGGCUACAGUCGUUUUCGAAUGGAUGAUAUUCCUACCAGUCGGUUUGUUCAGCAAGCUGAGGAAAGCAGCCGGGGUGCAUUUCAGUCCAUUGAAAGCAUAGUCCAUGCCUUUGCCUCUGUCAGCAUGAUGAUGGAUGCUACAUUUUCAGCUGUCUACAACAGUUUCCGAGCUGUAUUGGAUGUUGCCAAUCACUUUUCCAGGCUCAAAAUACAUUUUACCAAGGUGUUUUCAGCCUUUGCAUUAGUCAGAACUAUAAGGUAUUUCUACAGAUGGCUGCAGAGGUUACUGGGUAUGAGAUGGAGCUCAGAGAAUGAUGAUUUGUGGGCAGAAAGCAAAGGAACUGUGGCCUGCAUAGGUCCGGAAGAUAAGGCAGCUAACUCUGCAAAAUCCUGGCCCAUUUUCCUAUUCUUUGCUGUGGUUUUAGGCGGCCCCUACCUUAUAUGGAAACUACUAUCUACCUACAGUGAUGAUGAAACAGUUUCCAGUGACUGGGCCAGUGGAGAGGAUGAUCAUGUUGUUGGAAGAGCAGAAUAUGACUUCAAUGCUAUUUCAGAAGAAGAGAUUUCUUUCCGUGCAGGUGAAAUGUUAAAAUUGGCACCCAAAGAACGACAACCCAAGAUACGUGGCUGGCUUUUGGCCAGCCGUGAUGGUCAAACAACAGGACUCAUACCAGCUAAUUAUGUCCGAAUACUUGGUAAAAGAAAAGGGAAAAAAACCUUAGAGAUAGAGAAGAUUGCAGAGCAUCAAUCCUCAGUCAGCAAUACCUCUCUGGGUCAAGAAAGCACAACUGCUGGUGUUUUGGAAGAGCAAGAGGCUGCUUUUGAGUCUGUUUUUGUGGAAACAAACAAAACCCCUCUCAGAUCAAACUCUCCUCCUCUUAGUGGAAAUAAAGAAGAUUUUUGAUGCUUGAAGAUUUAUCAGAGCAAUUGGACUGCAUUGGACUGUACCCACCAAUAAUACUUUAGGGUAGCCAUUCAGUAGUAAGCAGCAAAACAGUUAUUGACAGUAUCCAGGUAAUGUGCUAUUCAUACCUGGUAACAUCAGUCAUAGGGAAGUUUGUCAUUGGCUGUAAACCCUCUUAGGUUCAUUGAACAUUAGGCAGUUGGGUAAAGUAUGCUAAGGUCCAUUGUGUGAUUGUAAACAUUGGUGACUAUAGAGUAAAAAUAUCAACUUCUGAUCUGAAGAAGCCAACACUAAGGCUUCAGAUAGCCUUCUAUCUUGAAGCCACUUUUGAAGUCUAAAGAAUCUUCUCCAUAUAGUAGCAUUGUGGUGUAUUGAGAAAAACUGUUUUCAGAGGUUUUGACUAUACCUUCUGUCCGUCAUUUUUGUACAACAUUUUUGUGAGAUAUAAGGAAAAUCUCUGGUUCAGAGAGAUAGCUAGCAAUAGGAAAACUUACAGGGUUGAAACUAAUGUCUCCACUAAAUAGAAACAAAUAUAUGUAAUAUGCUUAAAAAAACAAGCAAAAAGUCCAUUUAAUUGUAGUUCUAGGAUAUAUACUGAUAGAUCUCUUUUUAUAUGCUUCAUUAUGAAAGCUGGGUUUUUUAAAAAUUGCUCUAUAGCAUUGCAUUUGAAGCCUGAUGUAAUCCUCUUGAUUUGGAUUAGAAAUUACUUGUUAUAUGUUAAAUGCUAUGCUGCCACUUGUUCUUCCAGAUAAAUUAUGUGACAACUUCCCUCUAUCUUUUUACUGAAACAUGUUCUGUCAAGAAUACUUCAGAGGCUCAAGCUCAGCAUAAAUUGGCAAUAUCUGUGUGUUAAUUAUGUCAUGUCACAUGCAGUCUGAGCCUAGUGAUUGAUAAAAAUGAUAAAUACAUGUUUUUCUGUAGUUGGUUUCUUCACUUGCAAAUGCCAACUAUGUCAUUUCACUUAACAUUCUAUUUAGUAAAUCUGUAGUAAUUGCUCUAGUAAGCGUGUUGAACAUGGCUUAUGUAUCCAAAAUGUGAGGUGUUGCUUACAAAGCCAGAUUGAUUCAGUAAAAAGUCGAAUGAAGAUUAAACUUUUCCUCAUAAAAAUCACAUUAAAUACUAUACUGAGACCAUGUCAUUUGCAAUAGACAGAAUAAAAAUCUAAGUUUAUUUUGAAGAAGGUUUGAUAAGUGACAAACUAACUUCAGGGUGAAAUGUAUUGGAUGAAAUAUAUAGACUUUGGAGUUCUGUAGUGCUGAUAACUUAAAACAUUUUGAAUUUACAAUACAACAAAAUUAUACACUCAUUUUUUCUCUCUCUUAGAAUAAAUGGAUUUCCAAAUUGAAAAAUACAAAUUGACAUCCUUAAUUUUAAAUCAAAACUCUUCUACACACACUUUAUUUGCAGUUUUGCUACAAAUCUUUUUUUAAGAAUUCUAAACUGUUUUGUACCAGGUAAAUUACAGUACAGAACAAAGAACUCAGAUGAGAGUACCUUAAUGUAGAAAUAUUUUUUUCACCAUAGCAUUUAUGUUCAGUCAAUUUGCUAAGGGCCUUAAGAGUAUUUUCUUUUAUUCUUUUCAUUUAGUGAAGAAGCAAUGCAGUAAUUUCUAAUUAAAAUACUUGAAUUUCUAAUUUGAUAUGAUUAGUAGCUGAAAGCCAGAAAAAUGAAAAACUAGGAUUAGACUGAAGGUAGGUCAGGCCUGAAUAAUCAUUUGCACACAUUUUUUUAUUAUUUACACGGUUGUAGGUUUGCAUGAAACUCUGCAAUGUAAAUUGGUACCCCAGUUUUCCUCCAAAAAUAUGCUAGGAAAUUUAAGUAAAGAUAUUGACAUGGAUCUAGUACCUGAAAUCAGUUUUUCUUGCCUACUGAAACUAGCAUCUGGUGGUAAAAAAGGUAGAUUCCCGAUUGUAACUGACCUUCAAAUCAAGGUUUAAAAUAUUUGAUUUUUCUGUUAUUUUACUAUUAUAAAUGUGUUGAAUUCUAAUAAAAAGGAUUAUCCACUUUCAGUAAAAAGUCGAAUAGUCUUGAAUUUGAUAGGUUUCAUUACUUGGGAAGUUUGGGAAGUUGAAUUUGCAACCAUCAUUAUCAUAUGUGAAUUUACUUCAGUAUAGGCACUGUUUCAGCCACUGUUCGAAGUUUUGGUUGUAGCAGCACCCCUGUGGUCACAUGAUCAGAAUUUGUGCACUUAGGAAUGCAAGGGCACCGCAAGUACUCCCACCCAGCUAUCUCUCCCUCCCCCAUCCCCAUCUCUACUCUUGGCUGCUUGUCACUUUGCACUCUGUGCCCCAGCUCACCUUUUCUACCUUCUUGUUUCUGCUGCUGGCAAGGCAUAUCUGGCUUAACUGCUGGGCUGCGUGGACCUGGCUUCAUGAGGUAAAAGAGAGGAGGGAGUCCACCUUUUUCCUACACCCUUGACCUAUAUGGAGCUGGAUUCGGGCUACAAAAGGAAGAAAAGUGCAGGGCAGCCAAAAGGGCAGAGAUGGGUGAAUGGAGGGAAGUUGGAGGCAAUUCCUUAUCUUACUGAGACUUGGGGAUGGGAGGAACCAAGCCCAGAAUAGCUUGGAUUCGGAUGGGUUCUAAGCUAAUGACGAGUAAAAUUUGCUUAACAGCAAGAGGUGAUCACUAAGUGAUACAGUCACAUUAUGUCUUGUUUUAUAACCAUCCUGCUUAACGACCAAAAUUCCAGUCCCAAAUAUGGCUGUAAAUUGAGGGCUACCUAUUUAACUAACAAAGUAGCAUAUCUCUGCGUGUUAGUAUGAAUCAUAACUCUGAACCAUACUUGCUUUAGUGGAGCCAGAAUGCAAAUGUUUAUAAUGAUUUAACCCUUAGUGAAGAUUUUAUCAUGCAUUUAGAGUAACUGUGAAACAUUAAAUUCCAUUGAAUUUUGAGUACAGCCUUGUUUUCUCUUAGGAAUCUUACAUUCACAGUAAAAGUAGGAUAUCAAUUUGAAAUAAAAACCACUCUUACGACUAUAAUAUGUGCUACUAUUGGUAUUAUGUUCCACCCAUCUUUAUAUUGCAUUGGUUGCUAUAAUUGACCAUUUUUGAAACCCAAAAGGUAAUACACAAAAUAUAUUCUGAUAAAUAUACAUUUGUAUAUUCUGAUUUAGGUAAAAUAAGGCUAAUUGGGGCAUGGAAUCAUUUGAGAUGGUAUUUUACACAUCCUAAUGCAUUCUCCCACAAUGUAUUUAUCCCUUAAGAAUGUGUGUAUGCAUGUACACAGAUUCUUGAGAUGAUGAUGAUGAAUAAAAUUACAUAGUCGCUAUUAAAUGUAUGGCAUUAGAGCAAAGCGGGUUACUAUAUUAAAAGAAGAUUUAAGAUGAUAAGAUCCUGACCCCUACAGAGGGUGACUAUUAAGUCCAUAGUGGCAGACCUUCUCAGUUGUUCUCCUUUGCAAUAGCACGAUCCCAGAGAUUAAAGUAGCCCUAAUCUUGCUAAGAAUUUAGAAGACCGAUAAGACCUGGCUUUACAAGAUGAGCUUGGAGAAUAAUAUAAAUUCUGGUCCAUUUUGGAGGUAUCAUUGAUUGCUGUUUUGACUGUUUCCUUGGGGAUAUAUUGUUCAUUAUAUUUUUAAUCCAAUUAUUGUGUUUUGGCGGGUAAGCUAUUCAAAGUUACUUGCAAUUGGAAUGACAUACAGAGACAGUACAUUAAUAAAGAAUCUGAAAGUGA